GCGUAGCAUCUCUAAUUAGUCAGUCAGUGCUUGCAAGAAUUUUUUUGGAUAUGGAAAAAAUAUUUUUUUGGUUAUGUAUUUAAAUUUUAUUUAAUUUGCCUACCCUUUUAAUAGUUAAGAUUAUGUAAAAUGUUAGCUCUACCCAGGAAUACUCUACUCAGUUUAUUGAAAACACGUUGUCCUAACUGUUUAAAGCAGAAAAAUUAUGCCACUCGUAAGCGGUUUUACCGUAACACGGGAAUUGUCCAGAAUGAAAACAAGUGGGAGAUAACACUGGACCACAGGCGGUUGAAGACACCAAAUGGCAAAGUCUUCUCUGUGCCUAGCGAGCAACUGGCUCGUGCUAUAGCAGCUGAGUGGGAUACGCAGAUAGAGACCAUUACUCAGCCUACCAUGCACCUGACUUCUUUGUGUAAUACAGCAAUGGAUAACCCUGGAAAAUGUACACCUCAUGAUAUAGUGAACUUUUUACUAGAGUACCUUCCUACUGACACCCUACUUUUCUUUUCUGAUGAAGAAGUAGAACUGAGGGCUCUUCAAGAAAAGAAAUGGACUCCUAUCAUAGAAUGGUUCCAGAAGAGAUUUAAUGUUACUCAAGAAGUGUCAAGGGACCUGCAACCACCAGCUGUUAACAUUGAAACUAGAGCUAUAUUGGCUCGCCACUUCUUGUCUUAUGACUUUACUGCUCUCAAUGCUAUCAGCUUUGGGGUGGAGGCUCUCAAGUCUCCGUUGCUGAUGUUGGCAUGCAUGGAGCGACGUCUCGAACCGCACGAAGCCGUUAUGUUGGCGAGACUUGAAGAAGAAUAUCAGUUGGCGCGCUGGGGUCGGGUGCCGUGGGCGCAUGAAUUGAAUCAAGCGGACCUGACGUCGCGGGUGGCUGCCUCCAUUCUUGUCAUCCACACCUCAGCCGACAGACAUUCCGCCAAGUCCAAAGCAAAACCCAGCGAAACCACCGCGCCGUUUACAUAAACAUGCCUGCCACUAGUUCUUUAAGUAAACUCUUGUUACUACUUUGUAGACUUAUUAGCAGAAAUACCUAUUAUGUAAGUAUGUAAAAUUGUCUAGGUAUGUAGAAAAUAUUACCCAAAUAAACAUUGUUUGAUGCACUUUA